AUGGAUGACAUUUAUUACGAUAAAUUCAUGAAUCUUAAUGGCAACGAUGUUCGCGCCUCAAUGUUUACUGUAAACCCCAGCGCGAUAGAAGACAAUACCACCGUUUCUAAAUUUCGUGGCUGUGACGCCCAGAUGACAGAAACGUUGGCGAAAUAUAUGAAUGCAAAUCUUGUUAUGUUGCCAAAUGACGGGUCAGGCUUUGGGAAAUGGAACGGUACUGUUAACACCGGAACGGAUGGCGACGUCAUGUUUGAAAGAGCAGACAUCGCACCAAAUACUCGGUACAUAAUUGUCGAAAGACUGAAAGUUCAUGGCUACACUUACCCUCAUGACAAAGAAGACCUGUGCAUCCUUGUGAAUAAGUCAUCUCGUAUUCCUCAGUACCUCAACAUUAUUCUGCCGUUUGCCAUAAUAGCCUGGAUGACAAUUCUUUUAAGUAUGCCAUUUACAGCUUUUUUCUGGAGUUUAAUUCGUCACUUUGGUAAUGGCUCAUCAAGGGUGGAAAAGUUUGCGUACGUGUACAUUAACAGCUUUCUUAAAAUAUUUUCUGUGUUUCUAUCAAUAGCUGUGCCAUCGCUUCCAUCCGUUGGCCGCGAGCGCAUACUGUUCGUCAUGUGGACGUUCUUCAGUCUUAUAAUCACUAACACGUUUCAGGGAUCGCUGACGAGCUACCUCACAAUUCCAAAGUACAUGCCAGACAUCGACACGAUGGAACAGUUGUCCAGAUCGGGCUUAAAGAUCCUCAUUCACCCGGAGCUGCUGCCCGUUUUCAAACUAGACACGGGGAACCCCGUGAUAGAUGCCCUCAACAGGAAUCUCAUACCAGACAUUGACAUGGAAGGAUACCCAGAGAAAAUCCAGAGUGAUGGCGGCACGUGUGCUUUGGUAAACGCAUACGUCGGCCAAUUUUUGAUACGAAGUAGACAUUACGUGAGAAACGGUUUCCCGUUACUGCAUUUGACGAAGGAGUGUCCUCUGCCCGCAGUUGUCGCUUUUGCUACUCAGAAGUAUUCCCCGCUACAGCCUAGAUUCGACUCGCUGAUAAGGCGCAUCGUAGAAGCCGGGCUUUACAAAAAGUGGCAGAAAAAUACGCUGGACGAAUCGAUAGCAGCGGGAGACCUCCUGCUUAUUAGCAACCGUGAAGGAAAAGCUGAUACGGAACGCAUUACUAUGUCCCAUCUUCAGAUGCCAUUUUACUUACUGUUCCUUGGUUACUUCCUAAGUUCUGUACUCUUCUUCACCGAGGCGCCUGGCUGGGGCUAUGCACGGCGGGGCGCUGAGCCACUGGAAGUCCUUGGGCGGGCGGGGAAGCCAGCCCAGGGCGGACGACCGCGUCGCGCCGCGCCGCGCCGGAUACAUACAUCCCACGACGGCCGCCCUGCUGGAGCAGUCAGACACCGACAGCCGCCGAGAGGACAGCCGCAGGACGCACCAGCACUACCAGCGACGUCUCUCGCCAUGGACGCGACUUCUCCGCUCAGAACGCUGACACUCAUGUUGGCGAUCUUGCUGCUUGUCGUGUUACUGUCGUUUGCAUCCGAUGCUGAAGCGUACAUGGAAGUGGCAGCUACUAGGAUUAGGGACCGUCUAAAAGUGCACGUCGGUUUUCCGUCGAGGUAGUUGGAGGCGUGGAUCACCAACCAUGAAACCUCUCACCAACCACCAGCCAACCACUGACGCCAGAGAUCUGUCCACUGUCCAGUACAGACAACAGUGAAUCAGCUGACGCUUCAGACACAUUAUUCAAUGAACUGGACUUCAUUACAUGUUGUACAACAUGUCAGAAUAAUAUUUAAGUUCCUGAGUUUCCUUCAGAGCCUGAAAUACUGGACGAACCAUUGAUUUCAGGUGUUGCCUCGAUGGAUUUUGUCACUAAUGUUUCACUGUGUGUUAGUAAUAGGGCUGCUUUCAGUGUGAAAAUUUAGCAUUUCAUUUCCUGUUAUCUAACAGAAAACUCGAAAAGAAGCGCUAAGUUAAUGUGACUUACAGUUCCUCAAUGGCAAAUGGCCAGUAGUGUCAAAUAAUCAUGUGGUUAGGUCAAGGUGCACAGUCACAAAAAAAAUCUGAUCUCAUCGCGUAUCCUCAUCGGUGUCUUGCUCACAGUAUAAGUUUACUAAGUGAUCAAGUAACUGUGAAUAUUAAUUAUCCUGUAGAGGAUGGGAUGGUACAAGCUGAAAAUUACGGAUCUAUACUUGUCCACUAUAAUCUCAAAUACUGAAAAAAUAUGACACUAUGAAUACAAGGAUCAUGAGAUGGAAAUGUGAAUGGCUGUCAACAUAGAGAAAAUAGCAUAUUUCAUGAAUUAAUUAAUUACCUUAGUGUUUAGCUGUAGAAUAUUACAUUCCUUUACAAAAAGAAGAAAGUACUAUUAUCUAGAAACCUCCAUCGCGGAGUAAAAACUCCUAUCUCCAAAUACAGAAACUAUGAUUCCAGUUAGUUAGCGGAUGCCUUUUUCCUAUCAGUUCCAGCAAGAAUAAGAGUUCUUUAGGAAUGAUACCUACUGUCCUUCGCUUCAAGCUUCUCUAGCUGCACCAAGAAUAUUUACCCGUAUGUCGCACCUUAUGCAAUGGAAUGGCAACAAUUCAGCUUCCUGAUUUCAAGUGUUAUUUCUCAGUAAUUAACGACAGACAUUGGUAUUAAAGCUCCGAAAUAAGCUUUCAAAUAAAACGAGUGGUGCAACAGUGGAAAGAAGAUUGGAGGAACUUGUGAGACUGCACGAAUAUUAAGUGAUACUAAUGUAUCAGAAUGACUGUAUUUUAUGUUCUGCUGUUAUAUUUCUCCACACACGUUACCUCUUUCACAUUUUUAUCAUCAUUACAAAUUUCAGUAUGUGUUUUACAAAUGAAUCAAGUUUUUCAGUUUGAGUGAAGUACUUUACAAUUGAUAGUAGCGUACGAGUGACUGAUAAAAAAUAGAACUUUUUUUUAAAUCUUUAAAUAUUUGUAGACUAUGCUUUGCAUCUACCUGAAAAUUACAGGAAAUGUAUGUAACAUCAUUAUUUAUUCAUAAUUCUUGAAGCAUUCGCAAUGUGGUGUGUUUAUGUGUUGGUGAUAACUUGCGCACAUAUAAAUGCUUAUUUUGUACUUUUCUAAUAAAAAUAUUUCAUAUCAUCCUU